AUGUGGAUGCUGCGACACUGCAUUUUAUUUUGUUGUGCGUAUAUUUCUAAACUUAAUAUUUUUUUUAUAUGUGAUGGAAAAACGUGCCUACGCCGUGCCUACAUUAACGGCGAAGAGCAAAUAGUUGAGGCCGAAAUUGGUGCAACUUUCAGCCAGGAUAUACUCGUGGCAGGAAAUUGUCAAUUGGCGAAUUCCAGCUGUCAAUCUGAAGAAAAUCUUGUAAAGAAUGUGGGCAGCAAAACAUCUAAAGUUCCUUCCAAAAGAAAGGCCUCAAAGAAAUUGUCGCUAGAAGAAGAAGAGCAUUUAAUUUUGGCCGUCCAAAAUAGAAAACCACUGUGGGACAUUAGCCAGCCGAUAGACCAGAGAUCCAGGGAAAUCCGGAAACGACUUUGGCAAGAAGUUGCUGAUGAAUUGAAUGGUGUACUCGACGCAGCUGCUGUACAGCAGAAAUUUAAAUCAUUACGCGAUACAUACCGCAAAAUUGUCCAUUCAGAGCAAUAUCUUCCGAGUGGAUCUGGAAGGAAUGAAAAUGAGGAUCGUCACAAGUGGAAGCACUAUGACACAAUGGAGUUUCUUCGUGAUACCAGUCUAUUGAAGGACACAUCGAGUAAUAUUUUUGGCACAGAAAAUGAGCUAUUAAAUAAUUCGGUGGAGUCAAUAUUUGAAAUGCAAAAUUUGAUUGACAUAGAUCCAAAUGACAGUAAUAGUAUAGAAACGCCAGUAAGUUUAUCUAGUACUUCUAUGAGUACAAAAAGACGAAGAUCCAAUUCCACUAUUGCUACUGAUAUAUCAGCUGCUUCUAUAAAUCCGUUGAAUAAAUUAAUCCAAAUUUUCGAGAGACGGGAAAACGCGUUAAAUGUAUUACCAAAUACAAAUGUACUGCCAAAUACAAAUGAUCUAUUCGAUGAAGUGGAUCAUAUGCUACAAACAGCAGCAUUACAGUUGCGUAAAAUGUCGUCUCAACUACAAAUGCGAACUCUACAAGAUAUUGUUCAAAUGACUUUUUCCAGACUGCAUGAAGAAAUGAAUAAGAAUUAA